CGUGCGACAGCACAGCCAGGGCUCCACAGGCGGCGGCGGCGGCAGGCAGACAGAGAUGGCUGCGCCCACGGAGCGGUGCCGCGGCGGUGGAGGAGGAGGAGGGUUUGCCGGUUGUCCGCGGACGGUGACGCCUUGGUGGCGGCUCGCGGUGGUCCUGUUCUCCGUGUCCUCCAUGCCGACGGUCACCGCUUUGGUGGAGGGUCUGUACUGCGGCACCGAGGUCUGCUACGAUGUGCUCGGCGUCGCCCGGGAGGCCGCCAAGGUGGAGAUCGCCCGGGCUUACCGACAGCUGGCCCGCCGGUACCACCCAGACCGGUUCAGGCCGGGAGACCCCGGCUCUGAGGGAGAGACCCGGGAGUCAGCCCAGAAGAAGUUCCUGCUAGUCGCGACCGCAUACGAGACGUUAAAGGAUGAGGACACUCGGCGGGACUACGACUACAUGCUGGACCAUCCUGAGGAGUACUACCAGCACUACUACACCUACUACCGUCGACAGCUCACCCCCAAGGUGGACGUCAGAAUCGUCAUCUUGAUCACCAUCUGUGCCAUCUCCAUCUUCCAGUACUAUAGCUGGCACAGCAGCUACAACGAGGCCAUUAACUACCUAGUGACGGUCCCCAAGUACCGAAUCCAGGCCACGGAGAUCGCCAAGCAGCAGGGCCUCCUAAACCGUACCAAGGAGAAGGGCAAGAACCGCCGCUCCAAAGAGGAGAUCCGGGAGCAGGAGGAGGAGGUGAUCCGUGAUAUCAUCAAAAACAAGAUCGACAUCAAAGGGGGCUACCAGAAGCCCAACCUGUCGGACAUCCUGCUGUGUCAGGUCGUGCUCUUCCCCUACUACCUGACCAACUACGUGGUCUGGUAUGUCUCCUGGGUUUACCGCUUCACCAUCUGCAGGGAGGAGUACGGAGACGAGGAGAGGCUCUACAUCAUCAGGAGGUACAUGAAGAUGUCUCAGUCUCAGUUUGACAGUCUGGAUGAAAACACCAAACAGUCCUUCCUGGAAAAACAGCUCUGGAUCAAAGAAAACUACGAGGUGUACAGAAAGGAGCAGGAGGAGGAGAUGAAGGUAAAGAUGGCAACUGACCCAAGGAUGAAGAGGUACCGCCGCUGGAUGAGGAACGAGGGACCGGGCCGGCUGACGUUCAUCGACGACUGACAGACGUGAACUCCGUCUGUAACACGCACACCUGCCUCAGUGCCAACAUACACGGACAACACACGCCGUGCUGUGUGGAGACAUACCUGUACAGAAAGAUGAACUAUGCCUGAGUAUACACAGAGAGAUAUUUUCAUAGCGAUCAGCCCUCAUAAAGGCGAUGACUAAGUGGAAUAAACUGUAAGCUGAAGCUACAGAUUUUUGAGUCUUUUUUUUUUUUUACAUCAUGCUAUUUGUUUUUCAAACCAAGUCCAUUUGAUUUUUAAUAAGCAUUAAUGAAAAUUAUAUAUUUGUUCCUGUAAUGUUCUCCUGCUGUCUUUUUUUCCCUCUCCUGCUGGUAAAAACAGAUGAAUGAAUUAAUGAGUUUUGGUAAAAUUUACAGCCUAGAAACCAGAAGGCUACCGCUUUGACCCUUGCAACAGCCAACAAUACUGUCAGAGUGUAUCAGAUCACCACCUACUUACUGUGUGCUGCUCCAGAGAGUCAGUUAAAAAGUCUAUUUGCAUUUAGUGCUUUAAUAAUGAAUAAACCAGGGCCAGAGGGUUUUCUACCCUCCCUUUCUUUCCCCGUCAGAUGAGAAGAGGGAUAUCAGUUUUAAUUCCUGUGUGUUUAACCUGGAACCAGGGGGAACUGUUAGCCUAGCUUAAUUGUAAGAAAGAAAAUCCACCUUCCAACAAGUCCAAAUCAGUCUGGUUUACAUGUUGUAUCUUGUUUAUUGAACAGGUGUAGAAAUAAAAAUGUAACUAAAGACAUUUAGUCACUAGCUUGCUAGCUAACAAGACAGAAGAAGGAUGUGGUGAAGAGAUGAAACUGAUAUCUGUCGUCUUAAAUGACUUUGGGGAAGACAACAAACAGUAGGUCCUUUUCUUGACCAGAAGAACAUGUAAGUUCUUACAGAAAAGAUGAAAUCAAACUGAAGAUGCAAACUGGUUGGUACAUAAUAGAUGAUAGAUGGUUUAAACUGAUGAUUUGCUCCAGGGUUUUCUCUCUUCUGAUCUAUGUUGGUGAAGCUUUUGUAUCAAACAAAAAAAAAAAAUUGCAGAAGCAAACAAUUCAAAUGUUUUGCCUUGUUGCGUAAAUGGAAGCCAGAGUCACCGCUGCAAGUAUCUGUAAAUUGUGCAGCGGCAGAUGUUUGUCACACAGGGAGUUUGUUAUUGUGGCUUCCGCUGUCACUUCAGAUGUUCAGCGACUACUUACUGCAUUUUAAAUAACUUGGUUUCACUUAUUAUUUAUUGUUUUCACUGGUCUUUUUGUUCACAUUUUGGUGUUGAGGCAGCAUUAAAAUCACACUGUAACUACAAACUCAUACUGUCAUUGAACACAACAAAAUAGUUUUUUUUAAUGAAUACAUUUUCUACUAAGCUUGUUUCAGCAGGUCAUUUGACCCUUUCCUAAACCUGUCCUCUGAACAGCGAUUGUACAAUCUUUGCCUAGCAGCCAGAACUAUCCAUGACCAGUCUGUCAAGUUUUGGAUUUGGACGUGCAGCUACGCCUCAUUCUUUUAGUAAUAUAUCAUCUAUGAAGCCAUUAAGUGACUACGUAAGGCCUUUGUUUAAAAUGAAUUAGCUGGAAACAUAAGGGCAGCAGGAGACAGCGAUUUCAACCAACUAAAAGGAGCUAAUGUUAGCUUAAUUGGCUAGCCUUUAAAAUCGAUGGUCGCCCUCUAGAAUCGAGAAGCUGCAUUUGUCUACCUCAGUCAUUUUUAAACCCAUAGGUUCUUGAUUUCAGAUGAAGAAUUUCAAACAAAGUGCUAAAUCUGUAUGAGAAUGGAAAGUUUAACAGGUAACAGUCAAUUUAUUAAAAUUAAAGACGUAUGAUGGAUCUCAACCAUAUCAUUGCCUUAAAGCCAUCAGUAUGGUUCAAAGUAGUUAUGUCAUCUGGUUGCACCCUCUUCUUCUGCAAAGGUUUAAUGGCACACGAUAAUUAAUGCUACAAACUGUUAAUCGCAAUGCGACUUAAAAGUCAGUUAUUUGGAUUAAAAUAGAAAAGGCAGAUUAUAAUAGAGAGGGGCAGGAGCGUGGAUCAGACAAAUGGAGAUAAUGUACACUUUUGGACAGUCUCCUCAAAGGCAUUCAUGCUGUUACACAAAAGAAUUAGCUAUGUGAAGAAUGAAAAAA